AUGGAUGAUGAAGUUGGAAGUUAUUUGCUGAAUCAAUUUAGUGGUGGUCUUCAAUCUUCCAAAGUUAGCUGGAAAAGAGAUCUUCAGGAACUGGAGAAACUGAUUCGACGAAAUAUUGAGAACUCACCUGCUAAAGAGAAGCCAUCACUCAGGGAAAAGCUCUACCGCCUCAACAACAUUUUGGUGGAAUGUCAGGCAGCAUCAUUCUUAUCUCGUGAAGGAAUAAUUUCCCUGUGGAGAAUCAGGAAUACUUUGAAAGAAAUCAAGGAGGAGCUUAAAUCGAAAGACUCUAUUACAAUUUCCUCAAAUGGAAACUUUAGUCCACAACGGGAUGAUCAGGGGAACUCAUCAAAUGUUAGAGACACUGGCCGCCAGAGUCAUCAAUCUGUAAGUCCGCUGGUGGUUCAUGGCUUCGAUGAUGAAAUAACGUCACUGGUGAAACUGCUUGUUUACGAAAGAAGUAAAGAAAAGUUCAGUGCUGUCGGAAUCACAGGGAUGGCUGGUGCCGGAAAAACCACACUAUGCCAAGAAAUUAUAAAGAGAGAAGAAGUGAAGAAGCACUUUGUUCCUAGGAUUUUGGUAAGCAUGUCGAAAAAGCCUGAUGGGAACAAAGAUGCCAAGAUAGCUCUUGUGGAAAGAAUACUGCUUUCACUUGGAGUUGAAGAAAAUACCAUCCAAUCCGUUUCUAACAGCGGCCUUUCAGCUCUGAUCUGUGCACUUCAUGUGCAACUGAUGGGCAAGAAGUAUAUGAUUGUCCUCGAUGAUGCUCAGGAAGGAGAUACGUGGUUUGAAAACCUGUAUUCUCCUUUACCUGGUAAGGUUAAAUGGGAGCAAAGCCUUGCGUAUGGAUUGCCGAAAGGCUAUGGAGGAACAGUUAUUGUCACGAGUAGGAAUAAGGACUUGGCAAAGAAGAUGGUCGGGGAGGAAAAUGUACAUCCCGUUCUGCCUCUUGCAGAUAAAGAGAAAUGCUGGCUUAUUUUCAAAGAUGCUGUUGAGCAAGAUGGGACACUAUUCAAUCCCCCAAAUGUGGAAUUGGAGGAUCUAAAAAAGGAGAUCAUAAGAAAGUGUUCUGGCCUUCCAUUAGCAGCAAGAGUGCUUGGGGAAAUUAUGAAAGAAAAAAUGGAAGAGGCACCUGUGCCUAAUUGUCAUACUGUGACAGUUCAUCCACAGUUAUCAACUGACAACAAUUCGAAUGUUUAA